AUAGUUAUCCUUUCAACGAUUCGGACACCCAAGACCUUGACCUUUGUACUAGAUAACCCCCCCAUUAUCGUCCUCUUCUUCAUCUCUAUCGUGUUGUCUACAGUCCUCUAAAAUUUUUGAAAAUGUCGGGCAUGGGAGCUCAGUUCCUAGCGAAACACAAAGCUCUUCAAGAGGAGAAUGAAAACCUCCGUGACCAAGUCGCACAGUUGCGGGAAGAGAUCAAGGGCCUCAAAGACGUGAACCGAGAACAGGAGCGGCAGGUCACAGAGCUUUCCCAGGGGAAAGAACUGCUUGGAAAGGAUAUAGAGAGAGUCCGUGGCCAACUGGGGGAAGCCAAAGAAGCACUCGAUGCUGGUGCCCAAGACAAUGCGAAGUUGAAGGCCCUUGAAAGCCGCGUAGAACUCCUACAAAACGAAUUGGAUGAGACCUUUGCCUCUGCAAAACAGGCAAACAAGAGUCGUCAGGAAGCGGAGCUUACAGCGGAACACUUCGAACGCCAGGCAAAAUCCGCCGAGGCACAGGCAAAGGAAUGGGAAGCAAAGCAUGAUGAGAUAUCGCAGAAGUACAAGGCACUGGAGCAGGAGAUGAAGGAUUUGGAGACUACUCUCAAUAGCAUCUAAACUCUUCCGUCUUUAUCCUUCGGAUUGCUGUUUGCCAAGCAAAAAUGGUUUCACGACCGAUCCUUUACACUUUCUCAAUCGUACCUUCUGUUGUCAUAUUCCUCUAAUGCGUCCGUUUAUUUCAUAUCUCAGCGUCAUUCGGUCAGGGGAACUUGAACUUUGAGAAUUCGAAGUUCUGACUGUUUCCAAGAUGCCAGACCACAGAAUAUGUAUUUAAUUAUAGAAUUGAAUAUAUCAUGUUGCUCGUCUAGCUUUCGCCUGCUUCCGAUUGCCCAUCCGUUCCUUCAUUCUCGUGAUUUUCCUCUCGGCAUGAGAUUCAUAUCGAAACUUCCUUUUCUUUUUCUUCUUCUUUGCCUGACUGCGAUCGUUCCCCGUUGAUGUUUGCUUCUCUGGUGUUUUAGUCACAGCACUAGUUGUCUUUGGGGAUUCUUCGUCCUCAUCAACCCUAUCGAUACUCUCUGCUGCUUUGUACAUCCCUUCCUUCGAGGGAUCCAUGUCCUCCACCGUUACAGUGGUAUAUUUAUUCUCGUCGAUAUAUUCCGCCUCGUAAUCCACCGGCUCAGGGAAUCCUGCCCAUUCUGCAUCAUUGUCUUGGUCCGGAUUGCUCUCGCUUUCGGAUUCCGAUGGGCCAUUAAGCUCCUGCAUCCGUUUACGAUUCUGGUCGAGUGCUCUUUGGAACUCCGCCUGCCUCUCUUCCCGCAACUGAACGCAGAAAAGAACACCGGUGAGAAUAUU